AUGAACACAUUGAAGAUGCUCUAUGGCCAACCGGAGGUCAUCGUACAUACACUGAUUGAGAACAUCAGCGCUCUACCGUCCAUUCGUGAAGAUCGCUUCGAGACGAUGGUUGAUUUCGCCGUCAACGUGCAGAAUUUCUGCUUCACAGUUGAUUCAUGCGGUCUAGAGGAGUACAUGUAUAACGUGACUCUUCUACACCAGCUCGUUGCAAAACUACCGCCAUCAAUCAAGCUGAAUUGGGCCCAGCAUCGGAAGCCGCAGUUUACGGUCAACUUGGCGACCUUCAGCAUAAAAAGGGCAUUUCUCAACGCCCACAGUGAAGGUGCAGCAAGGUACGAAACGUACAAUAAGUCGCAUCAGCACUUGUUGGAGAAAUCGAUAGCAAAGGCGAAAGAUUCCUGUCCGGCGUGCAAAGGGAGCUGUAAGUCUUUAGAAAAAUGCAAGAGGUUUCUUGAGCUCUCGAGAGAUUCUAAAUGGGCGGUCAUCCGCGAGUUCGGACUUUGUCGAACAUGCCUCCGCCAACAUAAAGGACCCUGCAAAGCGAAACCUUGUGGCAAAGAUGGAUGCUCCUUCAGACACCAUGAGCUUCUUCAUAAUGAGCAGAAGGUGAAACGUCAAACGACUAAUCCAUUGGGACAUGAUGGCAACCGACAAUCUUCGGAACAUCCACCAUCACCGAGCGGUGCCGAGCGUGGGUGCAACACGCAUCAAGCAGCAUCGAGUCCGGUGCUAUUUCGCUACCUUCCAGUGAUUGUAUCCGGACCGGGAAAGUCAAUUCGCACCUACGCCUUUCUGGAUGAAGGAUCAGGAACUACGCUGCUGGAUCAAGAUCUAGCCGACGAGCUACAGCUGGUUGGUACACCGAGUCCAAUAUGCCUUCGUUGGACGGGUGGCACUGAGCGGUGUGAGAAGAACUCACGCAUGGUUCGACUACAAGUUGCUGGACAAUUCGAGAGCGCAAAGAAAUUUAGUCUAGAUGACGUACAAACGGUCGACGAGCUGCUACUACCUCAACAGACAUUGGAUUUCAAUGAUCUGAAGAAAUCGUAUCCGCAUCUCGCUGGACUACCAAUCAAAUCGUACAACGACGCUCGUCCUCGUAUCCUUAUCGGUACAAAACAUGCGCAGCUGGGGUUGACUUUGAAGAGUCGUGAAGGAGAAUUUGGUGAGCCGAUUGCAACCAAGACACGAUUAGGUUGGACAGUUUGUGGGAACCUAGGGUCUGGCAACACACUGAGUCACUACAGCUUCCACGUGUGCUCAUCGAACGAACGAUCUGAUGAUGAUUUACAUCAGGCAAUGAAGGAGUAUUUUCGCAUAGAUAGUUUGGGAGCGACUAGCCCAGGCAAGCUACUUUUAUCCGUCGAAGAUGAGCGAGCGGAAGCACUUCUCAAGUCACUCACGCGCUUCUCGGGAGGCCGUUACGAGACCGGAUUGCUAUGGAGAUACGCAAAUGUCCGUCUGCCUGACAGCCGAUCAAUGGCGUUACGCCGUCACAGAUGUUUAGAGAAACGUAUGGCGAAUGAUCCUCAACUCGCAGAAGUGCUACAGCAGAAGAUAGACGAAUACGUGACAAAGGGAUACAUUCGUAGGCUCUCCAGCAAUGAGGUCCAUCAACAAUCGAACGACGUUUGGUUUUUGCCAAUCUUCCCUGUGGUCAACGCUAACAAACCCGGGAAGAUCCGAAUUGUGUGGGACGCUGCGGCAAAGGUGCAUGGAACAUCUCUCAACUCUGCUCUUUUAAAAGGCCCUGAUCUACUGUGCUCUCUUCUUGAGAUUCUACUACGAUUUCGAUUGUAUUCUGUAGCGGUAACGGGGGACAUACGCGAGAUGUUCCACCAAGUGAAGAUUCGCCGUGAAGACCAAGAGUAUCAAUGCUUCUAUUGGACGGAUCGGGACGGAAAAACUGUAAUUUAUGUCAUGACAGUAAUGACUUUCGGAGCAUGUUGUUCACCGAGCAGUGCCCAAUACGUCAAGAACAUUAAUGCGGAACGAUACAGAGAGGAGUUUCCAUCGGCGUGUGACGCAAUCGUCAAGUCGCACUACGUCGACGAUAUGCUGAUCAGUGUCGACACAGAGGAAGAAGCGAUCCAGCUAGCAGAAGACGUCCGGCAUGUGCACGCACAAGGCGGUUUCGAAAUCCGGAACUGGACCAGUAAUUCCAAGAAGGUUGUAGCUACACUGCAAGACCAGAACGCGGAAGAAGAGAAAAGUCUAAACCUGUCAGCAGAAUUAGCUACCGAGAAGGUUCUUGGCAUGUGGUGGAAUACGACAACUGACGCCUUUACUUUUAGGAUCGGUUGGGACCGCUAUGACAGCGCUCUACUUGAAGGUAGCCGUCGUCCUACAAAGCGAGAAGUGCUACGCGUGCUGAUGACUAUAUUCGAUCCGCUUGGACUCAUUGCCCACUUUCUUUCCUUUCUGAAAGCAUUGCUUCAACAAGUCUGGCGAUCCGGCAUCUCUUGGGACGACGAAGUCGAUAAUGAUGUGUUCGAGAAAUGGCAAAAAUGGCUGAGCUUCCUGCCUUUGGUGGAACAACUCCAAAUACCAAGAUGCUUCUGGCCUAAAAACUCAAUAAAAGAAGCCGACGGUAUUCAACUCCACACCUUUGUAGAUGCUGGAAAAAGCGGAAUGGCGGCUGUUUGUUACUUAAGAAUACAGAAGAACGAGAAAAUCUACUGUUCACUUAUUUCCGGCAAAGCUAGGGUAGCUCCUCUGAAGCUGACGUCUAUUCCAAGACUUGAAUUACAGGCAGCAGUCAUAGGAACACGAUUAUCCAAAACAGUAUUCGAUUCCCUAUCCGUACGGAAAAUAAAAAGGUUCUACUGGUCCGACUCAAGAGAUGUUUUAUGCUGGAUUAACUCGGACCAUCGACGCUACAGUCAGUUUGUAGGUUUUCGCGUGACAGAAAUCUUGGAAUCUACAGAACCUUGUGAUUGGCGCUACGUACCAAGCAAGAUGAACGUAGCAGAUGAUGCUACCAAAUGGCACGGGCUGCCCGAUCUAUCCAAUGAAAGCAGAUGGUUUCGAGGUCCCAGAUUUUUAUAUGAAGACGUGGAUAAAUGGCCGGUUUUUUGUAAGCGUAUCGAUUCAACGAAUACUGAACUGCUGACAAGUUUGCUAGUCCACCACACCUCUCCGGCUCCGGUAAUUUGGGUCCAAAAUUUCUCUAACUGGAAGAGGCUUCAACGAGUUACGGCCCUAGUGCACCGUUUCAUCAAGAAUUGUCGUCAUCAGUCGAAGAAGAAAGAGUUUAAACGUGGAAUACUAACCAGUCAAGAGCUUAGCGCAGCGGAAGCGCUUCUGUUACGCAUCGCCCAACAGGAAGGAUAUCCGGAAGAGCACCGCAUACUCCAAGUUCACCAGGCUGAAACUCCUACAAAAGCUGUUUCAAAAUCCAGUACGCUCUACACACUAUCUCCGUGGAUAGACGAGCGGGGAAUUAUGCGAAUGAAAACGCGAAUCGCUGCGUGCCAUCAUAAACGAGCUCCGCCAAAAAUACCAAAUACCACGUUUGCGCACCUGUUAUAA